UCUGCACCUCUCCGCCUUCAGUGUGAAGAUGGUUGGCGGUUCGUGCGCUCGCAGGUUGGCUCGCCGCUCACGGUCCGCUUUGAUAGCGGCUCUCACUGUGCUGCUGGUGCAGACGCUCAUAGUGUGGAACUUCAGUAGCCUGGACUCGGGGGAAGAUAGGGAGAACGGCGGCUCCAACAUCAGAGAAAAGAGAGACAGGGUAGGCAGCAACAAAGCCGGCAGCGAGUAUCUGAAAAGCGGGCUCCAGCAGCAACAUCUUCAGCCUCCAUUCGGAAAGGGAGCAGUUCGACAUAAACACCAGCCGGAUGGCUACUACUCCCACCGGCCCAAGGAGAAAGUGCGCGUGGACAGCAACAACGAGAACUCGGUGCCCAAAGACUUUGAGAACAUCGACAACAGCAACUUCGGGGCGCGCUCCCAGCCGCAGAGGCAGACGCCGGGCAAGCACAGAGACCGGCUGCCGGAGAAGGCCCAGGCGGAGCCCGGCUGGAAGGACAACGCGCCCGUCCUGAGCAAGGGCUCCAACGAGGUCAUCCAGUACGGCGAGGCCAAGGGCGGCCCGCCCCCCGCCCCGCCCGGCCGCAACCGCACGCACGCGGGCGGGAGGCGAGCCCCCCCGGGGGCCGGCCAGGCGCACCGCUCCCCGCAGCCCCAGCAGCACCCGUACCACCAGCAGGGCAAGAGGCCCGCCACUGCCGCCCCCGAGAUCAAAUACGACCAGCCCCCUAAGUGCGAGAUCAACGGCAAGGAGGCCAUCUCGGCCCUGUCCCGCGCCAAGACCAAGGAGUGCCGCCAGCAGAUCGCCGAGGUGUACUGCCGCCACAAAGAGGGCCAGCUCAUGCCCGAGAAGGUCACCCGUUACUGCCCCCUGGAGGGAAAGGCCAACGUCAACGUUCAGUGGGAGGACGACUCCAGCGAGAGCGUCCCAGCUGCGCCCGUGAGGAUCGCCUUCGUCCUGGUGGUCCACGGCCGGGCGUCCCGCCAGCUCCAGCGCCUCUUCAAGGCCAUCUACCACACCUCCCACUUCUACUACAUCCACGUAGACCAGCGCUCCAACUACUUACACAGACAGGUGGUGGCGCUGGCGACUCAGUACCCCAACGUGCGCGUGACGCCCUGGCGCAUGUCCACCAUCUGGGGAGGGGCCAGCCUGCUCACCAUGUACCUGCAGAGCAUGAAGGACCUGCUGGCUAUGAGGGACUGGAGCUGGGACUUCUUCAUCAACCUCAGUGCAGCUGACUACCCAAUCAGGGCCAAUAAUCAGCUGGUCGCCUUCCUGUCCAAAUACCGAGACAUGAACUUCAUCAAGUCUCACGGAAGGGACAACGCCCGUUUCAUCCGGAAGCAGGGCCUAGACCGCCUCUUCUUUGAGUGCGACACCCACAUGUGGCGCCUGGGCGACCGCAGGAUCCCGGAGGGCAUCUCAGUGGACGGGGGCUCUGACUGGUUCCUGCUCAACCGCAAGUUUGUGGAGUACGUCAUCAACUCCCAGGAUGACCUGGUGACCAGCAUGAAGCGCUUCUACUCGUACACCCUGCUGCCGGCUGAGUCCUUCUUCCAUACAGUGCUGGAGAACAGUCCUCACUGUGAGAGCAUGGUGGACAACAACCUGCGCAUCACCAACUGGAACCGGAAGCUGGGCUGCAAAUGUCAGUACAAGCACAUCGUGGACUGGUGCGGCUGCUCCCCCAACGACUUCAAACCCCCCGACUUCCACCGCUUCCAGCAAACGGCCAGGCCCACUUUCUUCGCCCGCAAGUUUGAGGCCAGCGUCAACCAGGAGAUCAUCAACCAGCUGGACGCCUUCCUGUUCGGCAGCAUGCCCUCCACCACGCCGGGCCUCAAGGCCUACUGGGAGAACGUGUACGACGAGCCCGACGGGGUGCACAGCCUGUCGGACGCCCAGCUCACCCACUACCACUCCUUCGCCCGCAUGGGCCUGGUGCGGGCGGCCAGCUCUCUGCAGGGAGACCCCAACGACAGCAGCUGCAGGUACUUUUCCAUGGGCCAUCCAGUGUCGGUCCACCUUUACUUCCUGUCUGACCGAUUCCAAGGCUACCUGGUGAGGCACCACGCCACCAACCUGGCCACCAGCAAGCUGGAGACUCUGGAGACCUGGGUCAUGCCCAAGAAGGUCUUCAAGAUCGCCAACCCGUCCAAUAGCUUCAGCCGGCUACAGUUUGCGGAGAUUGGGACAGAGUGGGACGCCAAGGAGCGGAUGUUCCGGAACUUCGGGGGCCUGAUGGGGCCGACAGAGGAGCCGGUCGGAAUGCAGAAGUGGGGCAAAGGGGCCAACGUGACCGUGACAGUAGUAUGGAUCGACCCCACUAACGUCAUCGCUGCCACCUAUGACAUCCUGAUCGACGCCAGCGCGGAGUUCACCCACUACAGGCCGCCCCUGAAUCUGCCCCUGCGGCCAGGCGUCUGGACGGUGCGCGUGCUUCACCACUGGAGCCCUGUUGCCGAAACCCGCUUCCUCAUCACCCCUCUGGCCUAUAACAAGCACCAGCCCAUCCGCCAAGAGGACACUCUGAGAUUGCACAACGGCCCUGCCAAGAAUAGCUACAUGGAUCAAAGCUUCCACGGCCUGAACCCGGUCCUCAACAUCCCAGUGCACUUGGGUCAGGUGGAGGCGGCGAAGCGCAACGCGGGGCUGACGGGGGCGGAGCUGGAGCACUGGGUGGACAGCCUGGUGGGGGAGAUGUGGUCGGCGGUGGACGUGUGCUCCACGGGGCCCAGCGCCUGCCCCGUCAUGCAGGCCUGCGCCAAAACCAUGUGGAGCUCUCUCAGCCCCGAUCCCAAGUCCCAGCUGGGGCCGCCCCGAGCCGACGGCCGCAUCAGGUAGCACCCUCUGCUGGCCUGGAGGCUUCUCUGCAAUUGUUGUUUUUGAUUUUAUUUUUUCCAUCCCUGUUAAAAAGAAAUGUAAGUGCAUUCUCCUACUUUUUUUUUAAUGCAUGAGGUGAAAACGUACAUUUGGAAAUGGCAGCACCAAACUGAGGGGCGUUCUGCAGAGUUUUGAUUGAGUAUUCCCUUUUGGUCUGAUGGGUUUAUUGUUUUUUUUUUUAAACCUUCAUUUGAUCACUGUCUAUACUGUGACUGAUGCUGUGGUUCUCCUACUCGGAUGAGACGAACGCGGUGCUACAGAGCGUGUGCUGCCGAAGGAGAGGACAGGCCACUGCAAUGUCAGAACAUGAGUGCAGCGAGCACACGGUCUACAUUAAACACUGGCAUUGGACCAAAAGGGAAUCUCAUCUCAUAGGCCUUUCUGUCAUACACUCCAGAGACAGUCCAGCGCUCCACCAAAACAGCAGCUAAGAUUAAUUUAAAACGCUGAAACCCUUGCCGCAAUCAACCUGUCAGUGUAUGUUUUUUAUGGUAGGAUCACGGCACAGUGCUGCUAAACAUAUUUGUUGGAGCCUGGAGUGGCUUGGAGUGUAUGCAUGCAUUAGCGGUCUGCCCAGCCUUUAUUGAACAGUGCUGCACCCCUCAAGGCCGUAUGCACAGGGGGAGCCCUGGGUGGAGGCGCUGUGUUGUAGAUAUGUAGUGUUUCGCUUCCGCAGACUGCCUGAAACUUGAAGCGCGGGCGUGUCAGCUGUGCUGGCACUCUUGAGAAGACUCCUCAAGCUUUUUACUUUUGGUUAAUUACAUGUAAACUUUUUUUUUUGUUUUGAGCAAGUGGUGGGAAAAAAAGUUUAAAGAUAUAAGCGUAGGAUGGGGAAAAAUGAGUAAGAGGUUAGCUAUUUAUUUAUAAGUUUAUAUAAAUACAAAUAUUUUUAGUCAAUGACUAAUGACUUCACGCUGCUUUUGCAGCUUGGUGAAUAUUUUUUGUAAACAAGCUGCCUUUAUUUACAAAGGCCAUUGCCCCAAACCAGUACCUGUAGGCAGAUGCCAGUAUGUCAGUGUAGUCCAGUCUCAGUAGAUACUCUUUUCAGGUCCCUAUGCCGCUAUUUUACAAGUACAUCACAUGUAAACCAGGUGCUGGGGGCUAACAGGUCAGCUGAUCCUUCCGGCAUCUCUAAACUGAAAAAUAGAAAAAGAAGCAUUAACGAAGAUUAAUGUUGUGUUGUGCAAUUUUUUAAUUGGUCAAUGUUGGUCCCAGAAUGUGAGUGCUUUCAGUGCUGUGAUAAAAUGUAUAAAUGAUUAAAAAUCUGGUUCAGGUUGGAUCAAAAGAAAACUGGACUGAACUGUUAGUUCGACCCCCAGGGCUGUUAACCUAGGAGUCAAAUGUGGAGACCACCACAUCAUUGGUUCCUACAGUGAUAAACUUUCAAUGUGCUGCUGCUGUCAUGACUCUCUGGCUCUCUGUGUGUGGAAACAUACCCCUCAAAUCUAAAGACAGGAGAAGUAGCAUUAGUGCUUACUGGCUGUCGCCUUUGAAUAGAAAGAUCCUAGUAUCAUUUA